AUGGAGACUCGUGAAUUUUCGCAUCAAUAUGCAGACACAAUCUACGAAGAAUCCGAUACGCUUUCUCAGAAAAGUCACUGUUGUUUCUCCUUACCGUGCUUUGUUAACUCAUCGCCGGACGGCGGAGGAAUAACCUGGUGGAAAAUCCGAACGCAGAACAUUGGAAAUACCUCCCUGUGGAUCCGUGGAGUCACCGCGCUGAAGAAGAUUCGAGAGUGGUCGGAACUCGUCGCCGGUCCGAGAUGGAAGACUUUUAUACGGAGGUUCAACCGGAACCGGAGCGGGAAUAGCAAGCAUGUGGAUUACCAAUACGAUCCAUUGAGUUACGCCAUGAAUUUCGACGAGGGUCCGGGGCAGAGCGGUAAUUUUGACGAAGAGGAUGAGUAUUAUCAUAUGUCAAGGAAUUUCUCGUCCAGGUACGCCGCCUUCCCGGCGUCUUCUAAAACUUCUAUGGACCUCGGCAAGGAUUCACCGCCUACCUUCGUUUAA